AUGGAUAUCCUGCCAAAUGUUGAAGACAUAGAAAAAGGGCAGCAUCAGGAAGUUGGAGAUAUCACAAUAGAAAAUGUACCAUUUAAAGAUGAUGUUGAAGAUAUUGCUAUCGUCAUAAUAUUGAAAGAAAAAAGAAAAAAGGAUGAUAUCUCUGGUACAAUUACUGAAUCUGCUCAAAGCGAGAUAGAUUUCAUAUUGGAAGUUCUUGCAGCACCGGUGGAGGAUCUACCUUUGGAAGUCGUUCCACCGUUAGGAGAAAUCGUGAACCAGCAACACAUAUCUGAUAGUCAGCUUCCUCCAGAUUUUUGUGAUGCAGUUUUUGUUGCCCAUCAAGCUGCCAAAACUCCGGCAAAGAGAACCAUGAUUAAAUUCAAAGUUUUCAAUUCACCAUACUUGACAAAAUAUGUUUCUGGUUUAAAAGACAUUGAGGAAACGGAGAAACAAAAUAAAAAAUUACAUUUGAUGCUUUUCUGAUAUCUGAUGAUAUGACAUGGGGUGUAAUCGAAGAGUACAACCAGUGGGUUGAAGAAGGU